AUGGAAGGAGCUGGUACUGAGGAACACCCGCCCAGAGUACAAUAUUUUCUUUGCUUCAAUGACAAGAAAAAAAGGUUUAUAAAUAACACAUUUCAUCUUUAUUUGCAUAAGAAUUAUUUACUAUUAUAUUUUAGAAUUGGAACGAUUCACGAAGAUGUUACAACGGACGUAUUGGGUCUUAUUGGCCGUUGGCAAUGGCUUGUUACAUUUGCUUCUGCAACCUUAAUGGUACCUUCAAUGUUGAAUGAAUAUGAGGAUAUGUUGCUUCUGGAACCUUCGGAGGACAUAUAUUGUGACUUAUCAGAUACGAUUUCGAUUACGAAUUCCAGUUUAUGUACUUUCACUGUACUGAACGGCACGAAGGAAAUCAAGUGUAAUAUAUGGCAUAUCAAAUUUAUGUGGAUAAUAUGGAUAAAAAAGACGUGGCUAGUUUUCUGCGAUCAAAGGACGAAAGUGUUGUCAACGACGAUUAUAUGCAGAUUGGGUCUUCUAUUUGGCUGUAUAAUUUUCGGGCUUGUAUCAGAUAAUUUUGGGAGAAAACGCGCUAUCACAAUCGACGUCUUGGCAGACCUCGGAUUCCGGCUCAUUUUAAUAUUCUGCGACACAGAAAGCUGGUUUAAUCUGUUAAUUUUCUUGAGAUCAAUUUUUGCGAGUGCAAACAUUUAUACAGGCCUCGUUUUAAUCUCUGAAGUAGCAAGCAGCACUUGGCGAACUUCUUUAAGCGCGAUCGUGUCAACCCCAAGACUUCUAGCCAGCGUAUGCUUAGUGCCCUUAGCGAAGGCCGCCCCUAAUCUAGAGACAUUUAACUUCAUGGCUUGUCUCUUUGAUGUAUUUCUGCUGUUCCUUUUAAGGUGGACUCCAGAAUCACCUCAAUGGCUUCUUUUUAACAGAAAAAUUACUCAAGCCGAAAAAAUAUUACAAAAAGCUGCAAGAAUAAAUAGAAUCAAUGUUUGCAGCAACUUCAAAAUAAGACCAGUCAAUCACAGAGCCUAUGAUUGCUUAGACGAAAACCAGACAUGCCUGGGUAUUAUUACAAAAUAUAAUAUUAGAGUGUUAUCCAUAUCAAUGCUAGUAUUUUGGAGUUUCUACUAUUUCUUAUGGAGUUCUUUAUAUAUCGGAAUAUAUUCUAAGCAUAACCAAUACACAUUGUUAAAAUUGCUAACGAUUAUAGCUUUAUUGAGUGUAUUUAAUACGUUUUUAUAUAAAAAAGUUACGUUAAAAUUUUUACUUGUUAUAAAUAUAGGGUUACUGGGUGCAUGCAACAUAUCACGUAUAUUUAUGGAAUGGUUUAAAGUGAAUCACUCAGCAUUUGAAAUUGUCACGUCUAUAUCUUUAGGAACUGGUGUGAUAAUACAUGGCCUAAUCCUAAACAUUACACCUCGUUUGUUUGCAAUAAACAUACGUUGUACUUCACUCGGAUGCUGUCAUUCCAGUGGUCAAUUGGGUAGCAUUAUUUGUUACCUCAUAGUAUCGUUUCAUGCGUUUGAAGAUGUUGUAUUAAUUGUAAUAGAAACUGGACUAGCCAUUGGAUUGUUACUUCUAUGCUACGUGAUUCCUGACGUAGAUAGAAGGGAACUACCGGACAUUAUGGAAGAUAUGGACUAUUUUUCAGAGUUAUCGAAACCUCUUCGAUGGGCGACGCAAAAAACCAACUCUCCAUCAAAUGAAGAAUUAGAGAUAAGAGCCUACUCAUUCGGCAGCACGGGGCAAAAUUAUUCUGCUAACAAUCAUCACAAUGAACGACUUCCGGCUCAAAGAAUUGGAUUCAGACGAUUCCUACCAUUGUUUCAGGGAUUUACGAAGAAAACUCGUAGAAUAUUUCACAUAUAAUAAUU